CAAGCGUUUUUUUUUUAUGGAUAGGUGGAAAGGAAAACGCAUCACCAAAUUACGUUCGGAUGAGAGUCAGCAAUGUUCCAGUGGCAGACAUGGCCAAAAGUUGCAAAAAAUAUGGAUAUGACGUAUUUAUGGAUGACUCUUUGGCGAAAUCCGUACAGUUGCGUGAUCAUGAAAGUGUUUAUUUUCCCGUUUGUCCCAUUAUUAAAAUAAAUAACCAAAGUAUUGCUGUUUGCAAUCCAUGGAUUUCUAGAAUAGGUUGCUACAAUAUCACAGUAGAGAUAUUAAAUAAUCAUACGGAGAUGGAUUGUAGAAACAUCGACAUAACAAAAUGGGGAAAAUCCCUUCCACUUAUAGGAAACACGACUCGUUCCUCUUGCUACUUGCUGGAUGGAAAAGUGAAAGACGAGAAAUUACGAGUUUCCGAUGCUUACUGCACAGGAGCUGGUUCUGACGAUUCCAAUCACGACAACAGAACGGAGUUUGUCACUCUGUUUUCUAUAAUUGACAUAGAUACAACUCCGUUGACAGAUGACACAAAAUCAGAAUGUGUGGCUACUCACAAAAACUUUGAAUCUUCUCAAAUCUUUGAACAUCGUUGUGAUGAACACUGCGAUACAUACUGUAUUGAGGACGACGGGGUCAAUCUUAGUUUUGAGGGUUUCAAAGCUUGGGAAGAUGCUCGGGAAAUUUGCCGCAGUCUAAAUAGUUCUCUUCCUAAUGAAAACUUCCAAAUCUCUGAUCCAACGCAAGUCCAAAAUAAAACUGUAGUCUGUCUAUCUGUUUUUAAAAGUUCAUCUGUUUCAUUUCAACCUUUCAUCAAGUUAGCAAGAAAUGAAAAUGGAACUAUAACUAUCAACGAUUCUACUGGAGAGACCCGGCAGUAUCUGUGUGGCAUAAAAUUAGAAAAAUCUAAUUUCGGAGAAAGUAGUACAUGUAUGGGGACAUUUGAUUCAAACGUAUCGCACGCGAGGGAUACGACAACAGAAUCGCCGGAAUUCACAAGAGAGACGCAACCAGAACAAGAUAGUUCUGACGAUUUACGAUUGCCAGUAAUCAUUACAUCCUCCGUUGUAGGACUUCUACUGAUCGUUAUGAUAUUUGCUUGUUUCAUCACAAGAGUAAUUAAAAGAAAAGGAAAUCAAGAGAAAAGUUCCACAACAGAGGAAAUCGUUACCUCAGAUCUUUACUCUGAACCGGUUUCAAAACCAGGUGAAAAAAACAGAAAACAAGGAUCACAUCACUGCUGAAGACGAAUCAGCUUAUUCUGUAGCUGAUACUAACGACAGUGAGUACUCACAACCCCUUAUCAACAGGGACAAUCGAACGGGACAGGAGCAUUCUGUGAAAGAUGUUACCAUUUCAGACAGUGAAUAUGCUGAUACAGAUUUGGGUGAAUAUGAUGUUUUAAGAGGACAGCGAAAGAAAAAUUCCGAAAAAACAUCAUCGAAUUGUGAUAUUUAUGACAGGACAAAUAAUCUUGUCACCGGUAUUUAUGACGUCACUUCGAACACGCUGAACGAGAAUGAAUACUCAAUGACAGAUAACGACUCAAAUCAAUAAUGCAUGAUUAAUAUAUUAUAUUGUAAAUAAUUUAUAAUUUUUUUUCAGAAUGUUUCGAGGCAUGCUCAUUUUCUUUAGGCAAACAUAUUGCCAAAAUAUAAUACCGGUGUAAAAAAUAUUUAUAUAAGUUUGAUUAUUCAAUAGGUAUUAAAUUAAGUACAUAUAUUUGUAAUAACCAAUCAAGAAGGAGAAUACUUGCAAUAAAAAUAUGAAAUUUC